CAUUCACUUGCAUUUGGAUAUCAGUGUCAAUUUUGUUAUUUUCUUAUCUUAUAAAUAAUAAACAUUACAAUAACCAAAUCACCAGACAUGUUAAAUGAUCAUUAUGAGGUGGGAUGAAAAUGAGACGUACCAAUUUGUGAAACUUUAUCUUAGUAAAGAUUCUCUGUGGAAUCCUAAUCACGAAAAUCAUAAAUUGAUAGAUGAGAGGAAGAAAGCUUAUCAGAUGAUUAUUGAUGAGUUUAUGUCCUGUACCGGCAUACAACUCAAUGAAAAUGGAGUUAAAAUGAAAAUAAAGAAUUUACGAUCCACUUAUGCACAAGAAAUUAAUAAAAUACGGACAAGAUCAGGACCACUCUCUAAAUACACGCCUACUAUCAAGUGGUUUGCUGAUUGGCAUCGAUGCUUCCAAAGUGUUUCUAAGAAAACGGACAUUGAUACAGUUUAUGAUGAUCACACCAGUGAAUCAAACAAGCCAUGGUUAACAAAUAAUUUGGACCAGACAAAUGAUGAAGGAAAUAUAGAUUCUUUUACAUCUGACACACUGAAUUUUGACUUUGAAUCAAAUUCAAAAUGUAAUAUCACAAUGUUGAAUGGUAAAGUUACAAGUUCAUGUAAGAAAAAAAGAAAGAAAAUUAAAUUGCUAAGUUCCAGCAAAUGUGAUAGAUUAAGAGAUAGUGAUACAAACUUGAUUGUUAGAGAAGAUGAGUUUGAUUUAUAUGGAAGGUAUAUUGCAUCUCAGCUGCGCCAGAUGGAUAUAAAAAAGGCUCUACAGCUUCAACUAGCCAUACAGAGCCUAAUGAGUGAAGCUAGGAUUGCAGACUUAGUCAAUGACCUGUAGUUUACAUUAGGAAAAAAGAAGUAAAAUCAUUCAUUCUGAUAUCUUGAUACCAGCAAUAAGUGGAAUUUAAAAUAGUGGAGAAUAAAGUUUAAAAUCUAUA